AUGAGUAUACAGAAAACGGAACAAUUUUUUCUACGAAAAAGUUUUUAUAGUGUAUGGGUAGAAUAUAACAAAAAUGUAAAUUAUAAAUCUCAUUUUAAAAAUAGUUUAGAAUAUAUAUUUAAGCCAAAAAGUAUUGCAAUAAUUGGGGCAACCGAAAGAAAAGGAUCUGUUGGAAAUUCGCUUGUUAAUAAUUUAAUAAAGGGAGAAAAAAAUUAUAAACUUCAUUUUGUAAAUAUUAAAGGUAGUAAAAUAUAUGAUAGAGAAAGUUAUAAAUCAUUGAAAGAUAUUAAAGAUGAAACAAUUCAUUUAGCUGUUAUAGCAGUGCCGCGAGAUUAUGUCCUUCCAGCAAUGGAAGAAUUAAAAUCCAAAAAUGUUCGAGGGGUUGUUAUUAUUACAGCUGGAUUUAAAGAAACAGGUGAAGAAGGUUUAAAAUUAGAAAAACAAAUUAUAGAUAUAGCUAAAAAAAAUAAUAUAAGAAUUAUAGGACCUAACUGUUUAGGUAUUAUACAUUCUUAUCAUAAUAUGAAUGCAUCGUUUGCAGAUAGUGAUAUAUUAAAAGGACAUUUUUCUUUACUGUCACAAAGUGGUGCAAUAUGUUCAGCAGCUUUAGAUUUAUCUUUACAACAUAAUAUUGGUUUCUCUCAUUUUAUUUCUGUUGGAUCUAUGUGUGAUGUUCAAUUUUAUGAAUUAAUAGAAUAUUUAUUUUAUGACGAUAAUACAAAAUAUAUUUUAUUAUAUGUUGAAUCGAUUGGUGAUAUGGAUAGAUUUAUGGAAACAUGUAAAAGGAUUUGUUUAUAUAAACCUAUAAUUGUAUUAAAAAGUGGUAAAACUGCAAAAGCUGCUGAAGCUGCUAUUUCACAUACGGGUUCUAUGGUUGGAAAUUAUGAAAUUUUUUAUGCAUCUAUGAAAAAAUUAGGGGUUCUAGUUGCUGAGAAUUUCGAAGAAUUAUUUAAUAUGUGUAAAAUUUUAAAUUUAUCAAAAUAUCCUGAAACAAAUGAAGUAUGUGUUGUAACAAAUGCAGGAGGUCCUGGAGUAUUAUUAGUAGAUAGUAUAAUAAAAAAUGAUGGGUCUUUAUCUAAUUUAAAUAAUAAAUUAAAAACAGAAUUAGAUAAGUUUUUACCAAACUCAUGGAGUAAAGCUAAUCCAAUUGAUAUACUUGGUGAUGCAUCACCAGCAUUAUAUAAAAAAACUAUAGAAACAUUAGCUUUAGAUGAACAAUAUAAAAAUAUAGUUGUUUUAUUAUCCCCCCAAAGUGUUACAGAUCCUUUAAAAACAGCAGAAGAAAUAAUAAACCUUAAAAAUAGCUUGUCAUCAAAAAAUAAAUUAAUAUUAUGUAAUUAUUUAGGAGGUACAUCCUUAGAACAAUCUUCAAAUUUACUAAACAAAAAUAAUAUUCCAACAUUUGUACACCCAGAACAUUCUGUACAAAAUUUAUUAAAACUAUAUCAAAACGUUAAACAUAUACAAGGAUUAUAUCAAGAAAUACCAACCUUUUUAGCAACUGAUGAAGAAAACUAUUACAUUAAUAAUUUAAUAAAAAAACAACAUAACUUCAACUCUUCACAAAAUACACGAAAAAAUGAAGCAAUAGAAAUAAUAAAAAAAGCAUUUGAAAAUAAAAAUUAUAUACUAAAUGAAUAUGAUUCAAAACAAAUUUUAGAGGCAUAUGAUAUACCUGUUGUUAAUACAAAAAUAUAUAAAACAUUGUCUGAUGUAGAAAAUGCUGAUAAUAUAAAUUACCCUUGUGCUAUGAAAAUAUAUUCCGAUACAAUUACACAUAAAAAGGAUAUUGGAGGUGUUAUAUUAAAUAUUAAUUCUAAAGAAGAAUUAAUAAAUAGUUAUAAAAAAAUACAUGAAAAUGUACAAGCACAUAAACAAGAAAAAGGAUUCCAAGGUGUUACUAUACAAGAUAUGAUUAACAUAAAUGAUGGAAUAGAAUUAAUAUUAGGUUAUUAUUAUGAUAAAUGUUUUGGGCCUGUACUUUUAUUUGGAUCAGGAGGAUCAUAUGUUGAAAUAUUUAAAGACACCGUUUUAUUAAUACCACCUAUUACAUAUUCCUAUGCACAUCAUACGAUCAAAAAUACAAAAAUAUAUAAUGCACUAUUAGGUAAUUCAUCAAGAUUUAAAAAAUGUGAUAUGCCUAAACUUAUAACAACAAUUAUGAAUUUCUCUGAAUUAGUUUCUGAUUUAUUACCAUAUAUUAAUGAGUCAGAUAUAAAUCCAUUAUUUGUAUCUGGAGAUAAAAUGAUUGCAUUAGAUGCAAGAUUCACUUUGAGAAAGUCAAUAAAUUUUAAUUCAGAAAAUGAUGUAUAUAAUAAAGUUAGUAAAAAAUAUCCUAUGAAUCUUGUUACUAUUCACAAUGAAAAUCCUAAUGUAGAAAAUUUUUCUAAACAUAUUACUAGACCUAUACAUGAAUAUGAUUUUAAAUUAAUUCGUAAAUUUAUUAAAAAUAAUUUAGAGGAAUUACAUAAAGAUACAUUUUUUUUUGUAAAUAAAGAUCAUAUAAUAUCCGAUAUGUUCUCAUAUCAACUUUGUAAUUGUGAUUAUGAAUUAUAUAAUGUUUUAUUAAAUAUUGAAAAUAAUAAUAUUAAUGGAUUGGCAAAAAUCGAAAAAAAAAAUGAUUUACAUUGUUAUAUAUAUGCUAAAGAUAAAUCUACCUUUUCAAUUUUAGUAGAUCAAAUUAACAUACUUUCAAAACAAAAUAAUAAUUCAAAAAAUAACUUUAUAUAUAUCAAAAAAAAUUCAAAUUAUGUAGAUAGCUUGAAAAAUGCAGGAUACUCUUUAAGCCACGAACAAGAUGAUGUUGCAUGUUAUGAAAAAGUAAACUAA